AGUACAAGUGUACAGUACUGUAUUUGGAUAGGCAGGCGGACAAAAGCAGACCCAACCAAACAUCUCCACCAUAGCAGUCGUUCUAAGUGCUAAACAUACAUAAGAAGGAAAUGUUCGGCUCUCCGUCUCCGACAACUCUCCUCUUUGCACUCUGCCGACGCGGAGGUUCGCUCGAUAUCUGGACCAGAACACUCGUUCAGGCAAGGACCGAGGCGGCCAAACUGAAGACCAUCGAUGACCUUCCCGGACCCACUUUGUCAAGAACACUUUUCUGGUUAUUUGUCAAAGGAUACGCGGACAAGAGCCACUUGCUGCAGUGUUUACAAAAGAGUCUGUACGGGCCCAUCUGGCGCUCCAAAUUCGGCCCAUUGGACCUGGUCAACGUGGCCAGUCCCGACCUCAUUGCACAGGUGAUCCAGCAGGAAGGACGCUACCCGGUGCGGGCGGAGUUGCCCCACUGGAAGGAAUACAGAGACCUCAGGGGACAAGCCUACGGCCUGCAUGUAGACAAAGGGCAGGAGUGGUACAGGAUCCGCAGCGCACUGAACCCAAAGAUGCUGAAGCUGCAGGAAGUGUCAGCAUAUGCUCCCAUCAUCAACCAGGUGGUUGAAGAUCUCCUGCAACGCAUCGAGUUCCUCCGCAGUUGCAGUCCAGACCGGGCUUCGGUUUUAGAUGUGACUGCAGAGCUCUACAAGUUUGGCUUCGAAGGUAUCUCUUCCAUUCUGUUUGAGACCAGGCUGGGCUGCCUCCAGGAGAAUAUUCCCAAAGACACGGCGCGCUUCAUCGCGGCUGUCAACGACAUGUUGACCCUUUCGGAGAUUCUCGUUAUCUUUCCACGCUGGACCUACCGCAUCCUGCCGUUCUGGAAGCGCUUUGUGCAGGCCUGGGAUGACCUCUAUGGCACAGCACAGAAGCUCAUCGACAGCAGAUUGGCUGACAUCCAAACUCAGACGGCGCGAGGUGAGCGGGAGGAAGGCUUGUACCUGACCUACCUGCUGUCUUGCAAGAAGAUUACUCAAUCUGAGAUCUACAUCAGUGUCACAGAGCUGCUGCUGGGUGGAGUCGACACGACCUCCAACACGCUGUCCUGGGCUUUGUACCACUUGGCGAGGGACCUGCGGGUUCAAGAUCGACUAUAUAACGAGGUGAAUGCCGUGUGUGCCAACAGACGUAAUCCCAAUAUGGACGACCUUAAAGGGAUGCCCUACUUGAAGGCUGUCAUCAAGGAGACGUUACGCUUGUAUCCUGUUGUUCCUGGCAACGGACGCUUCGUUGCAGAAAAUGAAGUGAUUUUGGACAACUACUGGUUCCCAAAGAAGACUCAGUUCCAUCUGUGCCACUACGUUGUCAGCCGCGACCAGACACAGUUCGCCUGUGCCGACGCAUUCAUGCCGGAGCGAUGGCUUCGCACUGAAAGGCUGACCCCAGGCUUCUUCCAUCACCACCCGUACAGCUUCAUCCCCUUUGGCGUGGGUGUUCGAGGCUGCGUGGGCAAGAGAGUUGCCGAGAUGGAGAUGUAUUUCGCUCUGUGCAGGCUGAUGCAGCACUACGAGGUCCGGCCAGGAGACGACCGUGCCCCUACCCAGGCCAAAACACGGACAUUGCUCAUCCCAGCAAAGCCCAUCAAUCUUCUUUUCCUGCACCGAGCCUAAGAAAACAAAACCAAAAAGGCUACACCCAGGGCAUAGAGAAGCACAUGACUCUUAGGACGAAGACAACGAAAAAUGUUUCCCCCAAAUAGUAUUUUCUUAAUAGUGUUUUCAUUACAGAUUCAAUUUAGUUUAAGUAUACUUGUCACAUACCCAAUUGUACAUUUAUAACUACUAGUGAAAUGUUUAGGUACAGUUUUCAUUGGGUCCGGUAGCCCCCUCAUUUCUGAACCCCCCCAGCUGACAAACCAAUCACACCCACCACCCCUCCAUAAAGGUGCUAUAUUUGGGCCAGUUCUGAGGACCAGGACUCAAAACCAGCCUCGCCUGUGUGGAGUUUGCGAGCGCUUCCCGUGCCUGUGAGGAUUUGAUUUUUCUGGGAAUUCCGGUUUUAUCCCACAUCCCAAAAACCUCCACGGAAGGUUAAUCAGAGGCUGAAUUGCCCAUAGGUGUGACUGGUUGUCGACCAGUGCAGGGUGUACCCCGCCUCUUGCCCGGAGUCAGCUGUGAUGGACUUCAAUACAACCGCGACCCCUAGUGAGAUUAAGCUGCAGGGAAAAUGGAUGGAUGGAUGGAUGGAUGAAAUGGGUCAUGGAAAAAAAAGUUGUGUGGGUAGUUAUUGCAUCAAGCAUUUGUGCACUUUGCGUGGUUGUUUGACAAAUAAAAAGGACAAAAGGUUCCAAGGAUGUUCACCAACUCCAAUGAAUAUAUCUCUAAUGCUACUACAUCUGCACUGUAGAAGUUUCAGGAUUUGUGAAAUAAUUUCCCUACAACACUGAAUAAAGUUUAGUGUGGUUUGUGUCCAA